AUGUCGACAGCUGCUCCACCAAAUGAUGACCUUAUGCCGAGCUUCUUCAACAACAACAUGUUUUCUGACGUAAUCCUCAGGUUCGGCAAAUAUGAGAUCAACGCCCAUAAAAUUGACGAACUUAGCAACUCGUACAACCAGGAUCUGUUAUUCAAUGCCAAAUGUGCUGCCAUGUUCGCAGAAGAGUAUGCUGUGGUAUCGCUGGCUGGUGAUGGUUGGGGUCGUGAGAGAAACCCCAACUUGCAUACGAAGGAUUUGUUAGCAAGGGAAAGAAACACGACCGAAUUUUUCGACAACCCUGAGUUUGCGGACAUCACACUCACCAUUGGCAAAGACCGCGAGUUUAAUGCGCACAAGGUGGUUCUCGCAAGGCAUUCAACCAGCUUUCUAGCCCACUUCGACGCAGGCCACUCGGCCCAUCGUAUGAGCUUCGACAACAACGAUGACGAUCCCGCUAUUGUGCUAGCUCUCAUUCGCCGAAUGUACAUGCCACUGCCUCCAGACAUUCCAUCACCUUCCUACGCCGACCUCUGUCUGUUGGCCAGAAGCUUUGGUUGCCACGCAGUAGCCUCUGGUCUCGAAAUACAGUUCAUGGAUCUGUUGGUCCGGGAGCCGAUCAAUGCCAGAUACAUCUCGAGUGUGAGCAAAGUUUGCGGACCCGAAGCUGGCGAACACAAGAACACAGCUCUGUCCGAGCAGAUCUUCCAGGACGUUCUUGAACGCAUAACAGAUGGCGAGUCUUAUCGCGAGUCGUUUGCAAGAGCAGUCGAAACAGGACUGGUGUUUAAUCCAAAAUUCGCUGUGCGUCUUGCCGGACAGAUGCUUGUGAUACAUAGGCCUAGAAGACAAUGA